CCGCCGCUGCCCCCGCCCGCCCCCGCGCCGGCCCGCGGCCCGCCACUCCCCGCACCAUGUCGGUAGACCUAGAAGAAACCGAUCUGCCCAUGGCUGAGGCAGAGGAGGCGCCGCUCUCUCCAGAGAAGAAAGCGGCUGCUAAGAAGGCGAAAGGAGGCGGCGGCGCCUCGUUGUCGCCAUCGAAGAAAAGGAAGAACAACAAGAAGAAGAACCAGCCGGGCAAAUACAGCCAGCUAGUGGUGGAGACGAUCCGCAAGCUGGGCGAGCGCAAUGGCUCCUCGCUGGCCAAGAUCUAUAACGAGGCCAAGAAAGUGGCUUGGUUCGACCAGCAGAACGGCAGGACUUACCUGAAGUACUCAAUCAAGGCACUGGUACAGAACGACACGCUGCUCCAGGUCAAGGGCACCGGCGCCAACGGCUCCUUCAAGCUCAACAGGAAGAAGCUGGAAGGCGGCGGGGAGGGGGGCGCGGGCAACAGCGCCCACAAGUCCCUCAAGAAGGCGACGGUCUCCUCGACCCGGAGGGCGGAGAAGCCGGCGGCCAAGAGCAAGAAGCCCGAGAAGAAAUCGCACAAGAAGGGAGCCAGCAGCGCGGCGGCGAAGAAAGACAAGGGCAAAGCCAAGAAGGCCACCAAGAAGGGAGCCGCGUCCCCCGGGGGCAAGAAGGUGAAGAAGUCGGCAAAGCCCAAGGCGCUCAAGAGCCGGAAGGCAUGAGACCGAGGCGCAGGGAGCCUCCCGCCGCCCUCCGGGCUGAGAGCCCCGCGGCACAGACUGCUCUGAGGACAGACCCCAGGGGACCCGCUUUGUCUUUGUGUUGCUGACUCGCCUCCGCAGCCACCGCCGUGCGCGGUGAGCGGGGCUGCGGCCGCCCCAGCGCCCCCCCCUUCCCCUUCUCUGCCGCCUUAUUUUGUCCAUCCCUUUUCCCCCCAUCCCAUUCCGCGGCUUUUCCCCGAUCGCGCCCUUUUGUUUUCGGCCGUGCCCCUCCCCGCCUGUAGACGGUUCCCGGCCCCCUCCCCGUCCCCCCGGUUCUCGGGGAUUUUUCCCGCCCGGUUUCCAUAGCAGCCAUUUUGCACGGGGCCCCCCCGCGCCACGUGGGCCGGUCCCGCUCCCGCCGCCCGCGCGCGCCCCGCCUGG